CCCCAACAGGACGGGUUAAACCCGAAUCCUCCCCCCUCCUACUCACUUUAUACCGGACUCUCGUCGCCAAUGUUUCGUGAGUUCCGAUGUGGGACUAAUCGAUGGGCUAACGGUGUUGUCGCACGGAAUCGGAUACCCCUGAUUCAGACGGUCGAUUUCCAUGCAAAACCCCUCGAAACUGGGCGGUUCGGUUCCGAAAAACCCUAACUAGUAGUUCUCAACUGGAAUCGAGGGGAUUUACGAUUGCGUGCGUUUGUUUCUUGCGAAAUCCCCAACUUAGGAGGUGGAUUUCACGCAAAGGCUUCGAAAUUAGGGCCUGGGCUCGGAUAAACCCUAAUUCUCAGCUGGAAUUGGAGGGUUUUAGGACUACUCAGUCGGUUCUGGUUUACUUUUUACCCUUUUUUUGUUUUUGGAUGAAAGAUUCCUCUUCCUCGACGUCUCUUUCGAAUUGAUCUGGGAGUAAGAUUUUAGUUUGGUACAAAGAAGAAUGGGAUCGAAAAGUGAGAAUUUUGACCAGGCUUUCGAUGAGAGUGUUGGAUUAUUGGGGCCACAAGCGAUUUUAGAUAGAUCAAAUGCGGAUGGAAGCAAUGCGAUUAUAAUGGUCGGCAAGAGAAAGGGCAAAUUAAAAGGAAAAGGGGAGGUUUCUGAGAUUAGAAAGAAGAAGGAAGCUGCAACUUUGAGCAAAAGCAAGCAAAGGAAGUUAAAGAAGUUGGAGGACGAGAAACAAAAGAAGUUGCUGGAAGCUAGAAGUAUUAAGCUUCUGGGGAAAUACAAGAUAUCUGAUGGUGCAUAUUCUUUUCUCCAUUCUUCAGGGACUAUUGGUCAAGCUGAGACUAUGAAGGAAAAACGUAGGCGAGUAGUUCAAUUUUCCAAGGCAGGCUUGGAAAUUCCUGAAGAAAUUCUACCUUUAGAGAAGGGCAGACGGAAAGUUUCUGAGGAGAUUGAAAUCAGUGAGAAAAUUGACUCUGUUCAAACCAACCUAGAAAGUGUUGGUCAUGGAGAGCAACAAGAUGACGAAAGUCAUAGCUUGUCUUUUAGAUCUAACAUAAAAGCAAUUAGUAAAAGCAAACCAGUUGCGGAUAUUGGAUCAAGUGUGUCACUGCCAACAGAAGAAACAAAUAGAGUCGUCAUUAUGGGGAUUCAAGAAAAGCAAAAAGUCUCUCCACCAAUUUGUAGUCAUGCUGCUAUAGCACAUGACAUUAGUUUGCAGGACAAAGGGGUAGAAGGACCAAAACCAUGUAGCCAAACCGCAAAACUAUCUGGAGAUACUUCUCUCCAGGGGAAUUUUAACACCCCUAUUGUAGUGCAUGUAACAAGGCCAACUGAGGUUGAGGAGAAAAGGAAAGAUCUCCCAAUAAUUAUGAUGGAGCAGGAAAUAAUGGAAGCUAUCAACGAGCAUUCUAUUGUUAUUUUGUGUGGAGAGACAGGAUGUGGUAAAACGACACAGGUUCCUCAGUUCUUAUAUGAAGCUGGCUUUGGGUCAAGUAGUCGUUGUGACAGAAAAGGAAUAAUUGGUGUAACCCAACCGCGUCGUGUUGCUGUUCUUGCUACGGCUAAAAGAGUUUCCUUUGAGUUAGGUCUUGGUCUUGGAAAGGAGGUUGGUUUUCAAGUUCGGCACGACAAAAUGAUAGGAAAAAACUGUUCCAUUAAGUUUAUGACGGAUGGAAUUUUGCUUCGAGAAGUUCAGAGUGAUUUCUUAUUAAAGCGCUAUUCCGUGAUCAUCUUGGAUGAGGCUCACGAAAGGAGCUUGAACACUGAUAUACUAAUUGGCAUGCUAUCACGAAUAAUAAAGCUUCGACAGAAAUUAUAUGAGGACCAGCAGGAGAAGAUUAAAUCAGGAGGGAGGCUCAAUUCAGAAAAUAUGGUCAGUCAGUUAAAGCUCGUGCUAAUGAGUGCCACCUUGCGAGUUGAGGACUUCAUUUCUAAUAGGAGAUUAUUCAGUGAGGCCCCUCCCGUUCUAGAGGUCCCAGUAAGACAAUUUCCUGUCACUAUUCACUUUUCAAAAAGGACCCACGAAGAUUAUAUGUUACAAGCUUAUAAAAAGGUCAUGUCAAUCCACAAGAGGCUUCCACCUGGUGGAAUACUUAUGUUUGUCACAGGCCAGAGGGAAGUUGACUUCCUGUGUAAGAAGCUAAAAAGAGCAUCACGAAACUCUUACGAAAAGAAAUUCACAAGAAAGGGAGAGGAUCAGAUAAGUGCAAGCUCAGAACUGGACAUGAAGGAAAUCAGUGAAGCCUAUGAAAUAGGAAGCGAUUCACCUGAUAACCAGAAUAACAGAUUCAGUUCAUACGAUGAGGAUGAGAAUAAUUUGGAAAUUAAUUCCGAUUCUUCUGAUUUGGAAAUAGAGAGUGAGUUUGAAAUUAAUAGUGAGGAUGAAGAAGAUGAAGAGCCUAUUACUUGUGAAGGCCCACAAGAAGUCAGUUCGAUUUUGGAUUUUCUAAGAGACAAAGAGCGCAUAUCUUCACUCAAGGCUUCUUUUGAUGCCCUGGCUGGAAAUUCUAGGGUACAAAAUAGUGAAGAAAGCCCUAGCUCCCCCAUCACUGACAAUAUGAAAAAAUCUCAAGGAAUGAAGACUUCAUCUGCCGGUCCCCUCCAUGUCUUGCCACUUUACGCAAUGCUACCUGCUUCUGCUCAGCUUCGCGUAUUUGAGAAUGUGCCUGAAGGGGAAAGGCUUGUAGUUGUAGCCACAAAUGUUGCUGAGACUUCUUUAACUAUUCCUGGCAUAAAAUAUGUGGUUGAUACAGGAAAAGAAAAGGUCAAAAAGUACAAUUACAUCAAUGGGGUGGCGGCUUAUGAAGUACAGUGGAUAAGCAAAGCAUCAGCCUCCCAGCGGGCAGGACGAGCUGGAAGAACGGGGCCUGGGCACUGUUACCGUCUCUAUUCCUCUGCGGCCUAUAGUAAAGAUGAUUUAUUUCCAGAAUUUUCCAGUCCCGAGAUUUCCAAGAUUCCAGUAGAUGGUGUCGUCCUCCUCCUGAAGUUCAUGGGUAUUGAUAAGGUCGCCAACUUUCCUUUCCCGACACCUCCAGAGAAGGAAGCUUUGGUGGAAGCUGAACGUUGUUUAAAGGCCCUUGAGGCGCUUGAUAGCAAUGGCAGACUUACACCUAUGGGGAGGGCUAUGGCACAAUACCCGAUGAGUCCCCGCCAUUCCCGAAUGCUUCUCACAGUUAUUCAAAUCAUGAGAAAUAAGCAAAGCUACCCCAGAUCAAACUUCCUACUAGGGUUUGCAGUUGCUGCUGCAUCGGCUUUAAGCUUUUCUAGCCCUUUCCUUUUUCACUUUGGCGAGAACCACGAGACCAGGGAUGAAAUGGAUCAAGAAGAGAAAUCUGACCAAGUGAAGGACCCACAAGAGAAGGAGAGGCAGAAGAAGCUUAAAUCAAUGGCUAGAGAGGCUUAUGCGAGAUUUUCCAAUCCCAGCAGCGAUGCUUUAACUGUAGCUUAUGCUUUACAGUUAUUUGAACUCGCAGGAAACUCUUUAGAAUUUUGCAGGAAAAACUCACUUCAUUUCAAAACCAUGGAAGAGAUGUCAAAGUUGAGAAAACAGCUCCUUCAGCUGGUUUUUCAUCACAGCAAGCUUAAUGAGGGAUUCACUUGGAAUAAUGGAUCUAUUGAGGAUGUAGAGAACUCUUGGAGGAAUAAUUCCAACAUUUCCAAUAAAAACCCUUUACAAAUGUUUGAAGAGGAGAUUAUAGGGCAAGCCAUAUGUGCCGGUUGGGCUGACAGGGUUUCGAAGCGUGUUCGAGCAGUUCCGCGAUCAUCAGAAAAUGAUAAAAAAAUCCGGGCCAUUCGGUACCAAUCUUGUGCUCUGAAAGAUACUGUAUAUAUCCAUCGCUUCUCUUCUGUUUCUCAGUCUGCAUCGGAUUUUCUAGUUUAUUCUGAACUUCUAUACACAAAGAGGCCAUAUAUGCAUGGGGUAACCAUGGUAAAGCCCGAUUGGAUACUAAAGUAUGCGACUCCUCUUUGCACCUUUUCAGCACCACUAAAAGAUCCUAAGCCCUAUUACGAACCUCUAAGUGAUCAAGUGUUUUGUUGGGUAAAUCCCACUUUUGGCCAACAUAAUUGGCAACUUCCUUUACAUAGUAUUCCUAUCGAAAAUAGCAUACUACGGUUGAGUGUAUUCUCUUGUGCUUUGCUUGAAGGUGAUGUGCUGCCUUGUUUAAGAUCUGUUCAAAAGUUUCUCGCAGCACCACCAUCUAAUAUAUUGAGACCCGAGGCAUUGGGCCAAAGAAGAGUUGGCGAUCUUUUGAAUAGAAUGAAGGUUGGUUCGAGGAUUGUGGACAGCCGCGCAAUGUUAAGAGAGAUGUGGAGUGAAAGCCCUAAUUUUUUGUAUUUAGAGAUCCAGCAGUGGUUUCAGGAGAGGUUUCAUAAUCGGUUCAGAGAAGUGUGGGAACAUAUGCAUCGCGAGGUUCUUCUCGAGGGCCAUGAACUUUACCCGAAGAGGGCAAAAAAGGGGAGGAAAAGAGAAUAAUAUAAAGUCAAGAAUGCAUAAAACUAUGAUCAAUAUGGCUUCUGAUUUUUCACCACCUUUGCCGCCGUUUGAAGAGUUCAAUUCCUAUACAAGCUUUUCUAGAAAGAUGAAUCUCUAUAUUGAGGUUACCAGUUAUCAUGCAUGAUGGCACCGCAGGAAUUCGGAGUUGUGCUCCUUACCAACGUCUAGACCAAAUUCAUGAAACUGGAUUCGCGAAUUGUAUAGCAAGAGCUGGGAAAGCUUGGACCGCAACUGUUAAGGUUCACCUCUGCAAUUUGAUUCACGAAGCGGGAUGUGAUUGGAAAAUCGAUUAAUUUAAAUUUACCCUCGUAGAUUUUGAAGGGUGACACAAGAGUUCCUUAUUUAGCAUCCGUCAUUCUUGUUGCGCUUGUCCGGAAAAAGCUUCAGUUUUGUACUUAUUUAAGAGCAAAUAUAAGCGACCUACCUGGAUGCUGUAAUUAUAGUCAGAGAGAUGAGUGGAAUGCUAAUGUGCAGUUAGGAAGGAAAUUGAUUUCAUUUGGAGUUAAAAAAAAAAGUGCUUAUAAU